AUGAAAUUGUCUAAGGAAGACAAGAAAACCAUCCCUAUUUGGGUGAAAUUCCAUAAUAUUCCUCUUGAAUAUUGGGAUGGAGAUGGUUUAGAAAGAAUAGCAAGUGCAGUGGGUGUUCCACUGUUUAUGGAUCAACUUACCUCCUCGGGAAGUAGGAUCUCCUUCGCUAGAGUUUGUGUGGAUAUUUCAGCUGCAUCUGAAUUCCCUGAUAGUUUUAUAAUUACAAGUGGUGAUGUAUCCAUGAAUAUCCAUGUGGAGUAUCAAGGUGUACCAUCGAGAUGUAUGCACUGUCAUGUUUUUGGACAUGAGACUAAGACCUGCCUCUCUGCUCAAGUAACACAUCUCAUUGAGUUACAGAAGAAUUCUGAAGACAGGGUUGAAGUUGAUGAGGGAUGGACUACUGUGAAGGAUAAGGGUAAAAGAAAAGUGGGGGACCAAACCUGCCCUCUUCAAGAAGUUCCUACUGAAGUUGAUAGCUCGUCUGCAACUAAGGGGGGUGACCUAGUCCCUGAGCCUGAGGAGGCUGCUCCUCAACCAGAGAUUGAAGAAAAUGCUGCCAAUAUUAUGGGCCAGAUUGAUGCCUCUCACUCUGAGGCUAUGGAAACUGUUGAGACCACAACCCUAGCAGCUGAGGAAAACAUCAAAAAGACUGAGGAGGUGGAGGAAGAGGAAAUGAGAGCAAAACCUCCUGAACUACAGGGGGGAAAGGAGGAUGGUGGGCCAAAGGGGGGCAGCUCAACCAAGCAGAAGUCUUCUGGCAUCUGGCAAACCGCUCAGGAAUAG